UGGACUCAGAAAAGCAAGUACGCUUUUGAGUCUUUACAUACGCGUGCAGCGGAAUAUUUAGGAUUUCGGGUUUUUCGAAUGGUUUUGACUUUUAUGUGCUGUUUAAUGAGUUUUAUGACUUUUAUCCUCCGGAAGUGGAACGUAUUCUUAUCAUGUCAUCUUCAACCGCUGUUCUACGCGCUUGCUGCUAGAUUUCGGGAAAAAUCCACUAGGAAUUUGUUAUCUCCUUGUUAUAAUCCCUUACACAACCUGCACGUUGCACAAUGAAGCGACGUAUUCAGGAACUGUGGGUGGCACAAUUCUGUCUACUGAAGCUGAUUAUCGCCGCUCUCCCGCUCUUCCCGAAUUUGUUGGGAAACUACAUCAACCUGGUGGAGAGUCCCCUGGAUACAACGCGCUACCUGACAGCGCUCAUCUUGCUAAUCGAUGUGGCGCUGCUGCGGUAUCUGUUUGCCGAGGAACUGAUUGCCCGCAAAGCGCGCAGCUCCUCCAUGCGUCUAUCGAACUGGAACGCACCCAACGCGGGACUCUUCGCGGUGGCCUCGGUCCCGGCGUUGUUUGUGGGAAUUGUGUUAUUCGGUGCACCAAUAUUCGAUUCGUGGUUGGAAACGCUGCACUUGGCGAUGCUGUUGUCAGUGCUGGGUUUCGUUCCUUUUUGCCUGAUACACGGUCAGCCCGUGGAGGAGCUGCUCAAAUUCCUUCAGGCCAUGGAAAGCGAUAUGAGCGUGGAGAAAUUGUGUUUCGUCCCGGGAUUGAUGGCGGUGGUGGGAGCGUGGUGCGGCUCGGUUGUCAUUCCGCUGGAUUGGGAUCGUCCUUGGCAGAAGUGGCCGAUUCCAUGUUGUUACGCGGCUUUUGUCGGAUACACGCUCGGUCAUGUUGGCUGGCUAGCGGCACUGUGGUGGAAAUCCUGCACGAAAGCCGCUUAUGCUAGGUCUAACUCCAAAACAGAUCGUUUUGCUGAUUAGAAGAGUUUGUGCUGAUUUUUAGUGUGGUAUGAAUUUGUCCUGAGCCGGUAAAGGUUAUUGGAAGGAAAUCUCAGAUUUAUCGAAGACUGUGAUGCACAAAGGCCAUCGAUCGAUCCAUUACCGGAAAGAUCCAUUUGGUUAGCUGUGUGCGUUAUGCGUAUUUGACGUUGUACUUGCCUGCAUUGUUUAGGUCCAGUGACUUUGGUGUGUGAAAAUUCGGCAAAUUCGUAACUUUUACGGAAUAUGGAAUAUCAUUGUUGUACUACCGGUUUCGCGAAAUGUCGAACAUGCUUCGCAGAUUUUAUUUUGUGAUCUUUUGUACUCGCUUACUCCUGUAUGUUCUCAAUGCUCGGUACGAACGCUGUCGGAGAUUGUAAAUAAGUCAGUAAAUUUAUUAUGUUGGAUAAAAA